UGUGUUGGGAGUAGCUCUGGGAUUUCACUUCUGGCUUCAGCUUCUCCUUCUCUGGCUGUUUGGCUCGGGCGUGCACCUGUGCUGAAGGAAGCAACUCGGGUCCUCCACCCCCAGGCACGGAGCCAGCAGCCUGGAACGAUAGAGGAUCCUUGGACAAAGGAGAGACGAGACUGGUGAUAGAGACUGGUAGAAGAGAGACUAUCAGAAAAAGAUGUUGAUCAUUGUCUCCACGCUGGUGAGCCUGCUGCACCCGGUGCUGUCGGCCAUGUCGGGGGCUCUGCGCUGGCAGGGCCUGGAGCACUGGUUCUUCCUGCUGGGGCUGCGUCUGCUGGCCCUGUACUUCGCCAGCUCGCCGUGGGAGAGCGCGCGGGAUGAUCUGGCGUGUGCCUGGAACCGCAGCCAGGAGGAGGAGAACCGGCGCUUCUGCACCUCCGUCUGCUACAACCGCCACUUCCUGGACCCCGUCACGCCCAGCUGGGGCUUCUCCUUCCUCAUCGCCCUGAUCCCCAUCACCAUCAUGAGGAUGCUGUACCCCCAGGGAGAUCGUCAGGGCCAGGGUGGGGAGGAGGACACGGCAUCGACCAGAUCCAACAUGGCUGCUGGGCACAGGUCGGUGGGAGAAUCCAAUAUGGCUGCCAGCUCCAACACGGCUGCUGAGCACAGGUUUGAUGGAGAAUCCAGCGUGGCCACCAAACCCAAGCUGGCAGAGGAAUCCAACACAGCUGCUAAAUGCAAUAUGGCUGCCGAGCCCAGGCCGGUGGGAGACUCCAACGUGGCCGCCACCCCAAAGCUGGUUGACACGACCAAUGUGGCUCCCAAAGACAACACGGUUGGCCUGAGUGGUGUGAGCGGGCCGCCGGCAGGACCCGACAUGGCUGCCCAGCCGCCCUGGCAUGCUGGAGUCUUCACCGCGUGCAUCGCUGUGCUGCUGGCCACUGAGGUCGGAUUCCUCUGGGCCUUGCUGGCCCGGCAGCUGCCCACAGUAUCAGGGCCCAGCUUCCCCUGCUUCCCCGGCACCCCGGCCUGCCCCCCUGCCCUCGAGUGCACCAUAUGGGGCCAGGCCGACAAGCGCAUGGCGCUGGGCUCCCUGGCCCUCACGGCCUGUGUCAGCAUCCUGAACCGACAGAAGGAGACGACGUUCACCACCCGACAUGUCACGUUUAACGUCAUGCCCUUUGGAGUCUGUGAUGCCCCCGGGUCGUUCCAAAGGCCGAUGGGGGUUCCACCAUCCGGGACGUCCCGCCUGGUGUCUCUCGAUAACGCCGUCCUCACCGGGAGGGCGUGCGAGGAGCCCCGGCGGGAGCUGCACGGGGUGAAACCAGGCACAGGCACCUUUGUUCUGGGGUGA